GCAAUUCUUGGUGAAGUGCGACGGCGACAGCACGGGUUCCAACAGCGUGGUGCAAUUGUUUGUUUUCGGAUAUCCGAAUGGGGAUACAAAGCGAAUUUCUCGAGAAAUGUGAAAAUAUAUAUUACCUGUGAUAAUACUGCUUAUGGUGCUCGGAUAAGAUAUGAACGUCUCAGGAACCGAUGCAGAUGAGGCAUUUUAUGAGAUGGACAGGACGAGCCUGGAAGAUGGAUUGGAGGUUGACCAAAAUACAGAAGAAGACCAAGAAGCUCCGGUUUAUACUGAGACUGCUACAGAUGUUAUGUCCGGCGUGACAUCACCUGCAGUCAGGCAGAUCUCCUCCCAGUUCCUCAAGUGCGGAGUUUGUCUGGACAGAUACGAGAAUCCAAAAGUCCUGCCUUGCCUGCACACAUUCUGUGAACGCUGCCUGGUGACGUCUAUGCCAGCAGAGAGCCUGACAUUGUCUUGCCCGCUUUGUCGCCAACAGUCCAUUCUUCCGAAGCAAGGCAUACCGGCUCUGCAGACCAACUUCAUCAUCAGUAGCCUCAUGGAGGUGUUGGACCAUCCUUCUUUGUGCCAAAGGUGCGAGCAGCAGCCAUCUGUUGCCAAAUGUUCCGUCUGCGAGGGCUUUUUCUGCGAUGUAUGUUCGAAGCGCCACCAGUCUCAGGAUGAGACGAAGUCACAUCGUCUUCUGUCCCUCAGCGAGCUGGCCCUCCAAGAGGAAAAGCAGGGAGCUCUUAUGUGUCCCAAACACGACGCACAGACGCUGCGUUUCUAUUGCAGAGACUGCGAGACGGCCAUCUGCGUCACGUGCACCGACAUAGAACACAGUGGCCACCUGACGACGCGCCUGAAAGAGGCCAUGGUAGAGCAAAAAGGAUUACUAAAUGAUCUUUUGGACAGGGUGGAGGCCAAGAUCCCUGUCGUGGAGAAGGCACUGGGACUGGUUUCAGACGUCGCCAACAGCCUGGAAGACCGCCACGAAGCCGCAACUGCGCAAGUUGAACACUGUUUCAAGCUACUUUCAGAUGCCGUGCACCUGAGACGCGGCCAGAUUUUGGAAAGUCUCGACGAAACAUAUGCUGCCAAACGACACGUCUUGGACCAACAGAAGAAUCUGUUGCAGUAUUGCUUAGGAACUCUAAAUUCCAGUUGCGAAUUCACCAAGAAAGCACUGAAGCAUCAGGACGACACGGAGUUUCUAUUAGUCAACAAGCAGAUGGCGGACAGACUUCGAGAAUUCGCCGUCAUGCACAUCCAGAACAUGCCGGAAGAAAACGAAUAUCUCGAAUUUUUGGACGAGAAUGCCGCCGACGCGCGAAGGGCCAUACAGAUGUGCGGCGGAAUUCGAACCUCUCACGCGGUUGCCAUGGAAACGACGGCCACCGGUGAGGGUACCAAACAGUGCACUGUGGAUAAACCAGCCCUGGUGAACUUGACGACAAAGGAUGGUAGAGGAGAGAUUGUGACUUCGGGAACUGUAGACUUCAAAGUGGAAAUAACUUCCAGCGAUCACAUUGCCCCAUGGACCAUCAAACCUGAGAUGACAGACCAAAAAAACGGUAGCUACGAUCUGGUUUACAGUGUUCCAAAAGAAGGAGUGUACACGUUAUCGAUCAAACUGUUUGGUUUCCAUAUCAAAGGAAGUCCGUUUAUAGUGAAGGCGUUUGCAGAAGAAGAAAGUUCGUCCAGCGACCGGCCAGUGAGUUCCAAAAUACCUCGAACAACAGGCCUGAGGCAACGAGGUAACAAAAGGCCUCCAAGCUAUAGAUCCGGGAGCUCCAACCGCUGGAGCAUACCCAUGGAAGACGAGUUUGAUCUGGUAAUGAGGGUCGGAAAGAAAGGUAGGAACAAGGGUGAGUUUGCCAAUCCUCAGGGUGUGUGCUGUACCCAGGAAGGAAAGAUAGUAGUCGCUGACAGCAACAACCAAGUCGUGCAAGUGUUUUCGACGCUGGGCGAGUUCAAGAUGAGGUUUGGGAUUAGGGGCCGGGGUCCUGGACAAUUGCAACGGCCCACCGGAGUCGCGGUUACGACUACGGGUAAUUUCGUAGUCGCCGACUACGAAAACAAAGCUGUGUUCCUAUACGAUUCCAAAGGAAAAUUCCUCAACAGAAUAGGCCACGGCAAGAUGUUGGGGCCUAAAGGAGUGGCAGUGGACAGAAAUGGACACCUUAUUGUUGUAGACAACAAAGGCAGCUGUGUUCUUAUCUUCCAAGAAAAUGGAAAAUUGCUUCACAGGUUAGUUUUUUUUUUUUUUUUUUUCUGUUUACAAAUACUAAAACUGUACUGUUAAUGAGUUUACAUUCUA